AUGUUUGAAAUAAAACUAAACAAAUGCCUAAAGACAGAACUAGAAAAACUUUCCUCAGAAGCUACAAUAACCCAACAACAAAACCAAAGUUUCUCAAAGGAUGAGAUCAGUCGAUACAUUAAACAUGACAGUAUACCAAUGUCUUCCUUACUUAGUAUAUAUAAUCUCUACUGGAAGGAUAAUACAGGCGUAACUAUUAAAGAAUUACUCACUCCAUUAAGCUUUAAGUUCAAAGAAAAACGUAAACGUGGUGAGGGUUAUUCAAAAGAAUUCAAAGAGCAAUUAGAGAAACUUCGACUAGUUCAGCAGGAGAAUGAUUAUCAAAGGUUGGUUAGUCGGGAAAAGGAAACCAACAGCUUGGUUCAUGUCAAAGAAGGCGACGAAUUGGAUCUUUCUCCAGCUCAAAUUAAUAAACAAAUAAAAGAACAGGUGACUACGAUUUUUAAUAUUCUUUUAAGUGUGCUCUCAGUUAUCUUUGCUAUAUGGUACUGGACUGGGACUUCGAUGAGAAUAGAUAUUCCAUACAGAAUUCUGUUGUGCCUCUUUUUUGGCAUUUUAGUGCUAGUUGCAGAGGUUGUUGUAUAUAAUAGUUACUUAAACAAAAUUGACGAUGCUAGGAAGAAAGAAAGAAGUAAAGUAGAGAAAAAGAAAGUAAUUAAAACAUUGUAG